AUGUCUCAUGAUACUGAUAAUAGUUCAUCAGAAAGAAGCUUAGAGAGACUUAAUGAAGUAAAAGCUUUUAUUGAAGCAAGCAAACGUAGUGCAGAGAAAAUAGGCGAAAUGCAAGCGGAUGCAGAGCGCAGCUUCGGAAAGCUAAAUGAAAUGGUAUUUGAAGACGCUUUCGAAUUAACGGGUCAUGGCAGGUUCAACCACUUGGUAUUAUUGACUUGUGGUUUGAUUAUGCUGAACGUAUCCAUGGAGUCAGUCGGCAUGAGCUAUGUCAUCACUGCUGCGGAAUGUGAGCUGGGACUCACUAGUGAACAUAAGGGACUUAUCAAUGCAGCGGCUUUUAUUGGUAUAAUAAGCACGUCUUUUCUAUGGGGGUAUUUGGGGGACCGAUAUGGCCGCAGAGCUGUCAUGCUGCCAGCCAUGGUGACGUCAGCUGCUUUUUCCAUCGCAUCCUCGUUUUCAACUAAUGUAUGGAUGCUACUUAUUCUGAGAUUCUUUACUGGAUGUCUGGUAUCAGCGUCCAGUGCAACAGUAUACGCGUAUCUCGGCGAAAUGCACACAAGCUCAAGACGCGCAGCCGCCAUCGCUUGGGGAUCAGUAUUCAUCUCAUUUUCUUUCAUGAUUUUACCAGGAUUAGCUUGGCUUAUAAUCCCGGGAAAAUGGACAUUCUCAUUACUUGGCUUCAAAAUGGUACCUUGGCGUGUUUUUAUCUGGUCCUGGUGUGCACCAGGGUUACUAUCAGCCUUAGCUCUGCUAUGGCUACCGGAGAGCCCAAGAUAUUUACUAGCCACGAGUGGGCCUGAUCAAGCACUACCUAUAUUAGCAAGCAUGUAUGCAUUCAACAAAAAUACCAAAGAAGUUAAUUUUCCAGUGCAAAAAAUAAUAACCUGUAGUACAGAAACGUCUAAGUCUGGAGGCUUUGUUGGUGCCAUAAAAAAUAUAACCCUGUUGUUCCGGCCGCCGCUUUUAAAGUGUGUUUUCAUAUCUCACACGUUGAUGUUCGCUGUAUUCAUGCUUUCUAGUGGCUUAUACGUUUGGGUACCAGAUAUACUAAACAGUAUGCUGCGCAGUACGAGUGAGGAAAGUAUAUCUAUAUGCCACAUAAUUCAUGAGAAGUUUGAAGCUGCCAGAAAUUUAACAGUCUCAUCGACAAACACGACGUGCCACUCAGAGGUGGCGGUGCGAGUGUUCCCCAUAUCAAUGGGUAUGGGCGCAGUGUUCGCUGUCACGUAUCUCGCUAUUGGAGUGUUCAUUGGCAGAGUUGGGAGGAAAACUCUUUAUUCAAGUAUAAUGGUGAUCUGUGGGAUUGCGACGGUGGGUGCUGCAUUCGUCCCUCAAGGGGGCGCCGCCACGGCUCUCUUGAUACUAGCCUUGUGUUCUGGAUGUGCCGCAUCUAUACUCGCUGCUAUCGCUGUUGAUGUUUUCCCUACAUGUCUAAGAGCAAUGGCGAUGUGUGUGAUGUACAUGGUAGGAAGAACUGGGGCUGCGGUGGGCUCGAACUUGCUAGGCGCUACCCUCGAUAUGCACUGCCAACUAGCAUUCUCAGUUUUUGGAGUUUUUUCUGCAGGUUCAACCUUACUUAUAAUAUUUUGGCCGAAACCAGAGAGAAUACGAGAGAAAAUGGAACAAAGAGGUCUCACUUAC